AUGAAGGCUUCUAUCCUCAUCGUGGCUGCCCUCGGCCUCGUCUCCGGCCAGAAGAAGGAGGAUUACUUCCCCGAGUGCUCCCUCAACUGCCUGAACGACGGCACCAAGAAGGCCACCGACUGUAGUCUCACCGAUGCUGUGUGCUGGUGCGUCCAGUCCAACUACGAGGCCAUCUACGACGCUGCCGUUUCUUGCGUGAUGGCCGCCUGUGGUGCUGGUGUCUCCGUCGAAAAAGUUCUCCCCGCCGCCAUUGACUUCUGCUCUGCCGCCUCCUCUCUGGCCUCUGCCACCGCCACCGCCAGCGGUUCCAGUGCUACCGGCAGCUCUGCGACCGGCAGCUCCGUCCCUUCAUCGGCAGCAGCCACUCCCACCAGCAGCAGCGCAACCAGUGGCAGCAGCGCUACAUCGACAUCGGCCUCCGCUCAGGCCACGGAUACUGGCGCGGCUGCCGCUCUUGGUGGAAGCAUCCCCGUCAUGGUCGCCGCUGGUCUCGUCGCGCUCCUGUAG